CCUAAUUAUUUUGAAGGUUCAUCAACUGUUUUAGCCUUUUCUAGCCAGCUUCAUCCUUGAAGAAGAUGUUCAUUUUUAAAUUCCUUCAACUAAAAAAUUACAACUCCCAAAGAGUUGACCAAAGAUUAAAAAUCCUUUUGAGCAACACUAUCAAAAUCUAAUGAAACUCAAAACUUCAACUAGAAGCAGAGUAAAAAUGGUAGAAUUCACUUGCUUCAAAAGCACUUAAUUGUCUAAGAAAAUACCCACUUUCCCUCUCAAUGGCUUCUAUAAAAGAAAGAGGAGAAACAUGUGCUUGACCAUAUUUCUGGCUGUGGCUGCCAUUGAAGAAGCUGAAGAUGAUCAUGGGGAGAUUUAGCAGAAAUGAAACUGCCAUCAUUUUGCUUGUGCUCAUGUCUGGUUUGUUGCAGAUCCAUGGCGCUGAUAAGAUAACGUGUUUCAGGAGCAAAAGCCCCUGUCGUUUCAAGGAGAUGCCAUGCCCAGCAGAAUGCCCGUCGAAAUCGCCAUCAAAUCAUACCGACAAAGUUUGCUACGUCAACUGCCAAUCGCCCAUCUGCAAAGCAGAGUGCAAAAGCACGAAACCAAACUGCAACGGACCCGGCUCGGCGUGCUUGGACCCCAGGUUCAUUGGUGCAGAUGGCAUUGUGUUCUACUUCCAUGGAAGAAGUAAUGAACACUUCAGCUUGGUAUCUGAUCCUGAUCUGCAGAUCAAUGCACGGUUCAUUGGACUAAGGCCGGCGGGCAGAGCCAGAGACUUCACAUGGAUUCAAGCUCUAGGCUUUCUCUUCAACUCUCACUCCUUCUCACUCGAAGCCAMACGAGCAGCAACCUGGGACAGCGAAGUCGAUUACUUGAAAUUCACUUACRACGGGMAGGAAGUAAUUAUCCCGGAUGGUCGUCUCUCUCAAUGGAGGUCCUCAGAAAGCAAUGUUACAGUUCAAAGAACAUCAACCAGCAACAGUGUCUUGGUUACUCUCCCUGAGAUUGCAGAGAUAUCAGUUAACGUCGUACCGAUUACAAAAGAAGACGACAGGAUUCAUAACUAUCAGAUACCGAAAGAUGACUGUUUUGCUCACUUGGAGGUUCAGUUCAGGUUCCAUGCCCUCUCUUCGAAGGUCGAAGGAGUGCUUGGAAGGACUUACCAGCCCGACUUUAAGAAUCCUGCAAAGCCUGGAGUUGCAAUGCCUGUAGUGGGAGGUGACAAGGAGUACAGGACCUCAUCGCUCCUCUCGGCCGACUGCAAUGCUUGUUUGUUCUCCCUGGCCCGAAUCUCUAACACAGUAGACACAAAGAUAAAGCAAUAUAGCUUCAUAGACUGCUCUGGAGGAAGCACAAGUGGAAAUGGAAUACUUUGCAGAAAAUAAGUCUCAAUAACCAGAAUCAAGUCAUACUAAAAAUUGAAUAACUGAAGCUUUUGCUUCAUAUGUUGUCUAACAGAAUAGUCUUCUCCCAUGGAGUUUGGCUAGUUGUUUUCUAUUCUGUGAAUGAUAUCUACUUUUAGGUGUGUCACCUGCACUACCUUUGUAUUCA